UUUAAGCUGUCCCUCGCCGCUCGUCCUCUAUCCCCUCGUGCGCGGCGCAACCAACCCGAGCCUACCCCACCACGCGAUGCCCUGCUCGCUGGUGGGCACGUUCCGCAGCGAACCCACCGCCCGCGGGGCCUUCCGUUCGGUGACAGCGGCGCACGGGCACGCCGCACGCGGUAGGCUCCUCCAUGGACCGCGCCGAGGGGCCGCCGCCGCGCUCCGCCGAUCGCGCGAUACAAGGCCAGGAUGCACAGGGGCGACUAGCAAAUGGUGCUCAGCAAAGUGCAGCUCAACAGUUCAGAUUUUGGCAGGACAUUCCAAUUUUAGUGAUGGUUAGCAUGCUUGCGUACUUCUGUUUCUUGGAACUACUUCUGGUUACUGAUUUGCAAUCACGCGCGAUUGCAGUUUCAUUGCCUUUCUCGUGUGUGUUGGGCCUCCUUUCUUCUUUGAUAGCAUCCACUAUGGUGACCAAAAGCUACCUAUGGGCCUAUUCAUCCUUCCAGCAUGUUAUUGUGAUCCUGUUUGCGUAUAUCUUUUACAACGUGCUAAGAGUGAAUGCAGUCCUGGCGGUCCUACUCUCGUCGUUCACUGGGUUCGGGAUCGCUAUCAGUACGAACUCACUGCUAGUGGAGUGCAUGAGGUGGAGAUCCAGGAGGAGGAGCCAACGGUUGGCUCAGGGUCAACCUCAGCCCGGGAAUGAAGGUCAGCAUCCAGGAUCCGGGAGUAACGCUACGAGCGAAAACUCUGGUGAUACGCAGCAACAGGGGCAGCCUCCACAAUCCGGUGUUCACAUCGUCUGAUCAUUCAGAUCAAGACGAGAGGUGAUCCAAAUGUGUGAAUAGCUAGCUUUGAUCUGCGCAGUAGUCAUAGCUCGUCAGACCUCAGAAUCACAAUGGUGGCAAGAAUAGAUACACGGGAGGAGAUCUUCCUGGCCUUUGCAUCGGAGGCAACGUGCCACCUAGAGUUUGGCCAUGGGUGUAGUUAGUCUAGCAGUUUGUGACAUAAAAUACCUAGUUUCUUGAGUGUAAGCAUUAUACAAAAUCACACCAGAAAAGCAGAGUGCAGAGAUGGUGGUUGUGUUUUACGUAGUAGCCACACAGGGACAUAGGGAAAUGAGACAUAGUAUGCGAGAGCUCCUUAGCUUUGCUUGUGAGAAGCUUUUACGAAUUAUAUUUGUCUUUUUUUUACGAAUUAUAUUUGUCAAGAGUGAUUUUUGAAUGGGUGUUACACAAUUUGUCUGAAUUCACAACCAUAUAUACGAGUGUGUGUCUCGAGAGAGAUGGAAUGCCAGUUUCAUAUGAUCA